UUGUUACAGUGGUGAAACACAUUAUCAAGUUAUAUCAAUUGAAAUGAGGAAUUUAAUUAAAAUGGGUUCAGAACAUUCAGAAAGUAAGAAAUUAUUGGCUUCAGUUAAUAGACAAAAUUUAUAGAGUUUGCCUCAAGAAUGAGUUCUGGAUUAUUUUUCCUCCAGAUGUUUCCUGCGAUCCCUCCAUACAUGCUCCAGCCUCAGUUCGGAAUGCCCAACGCUCCGGCUCAGCUCCCUCAGCAGUUCCCCUUCCAGCCUUACGGGGCAAUGCCCUUCAUGCCCCCUGUGAAUCGCCAGGUUGUGCCUCAGCAGCAGGCAGCGGGGCAAAUGAACCCGGGGGGAAACGGGCAGCAGCCGCAGGGGGACAUGCCCUCCGGCCCAGCGCCACGCUUCAGGCGUGCUCUCCGGUGGAGAACGCAGGACAAUUCAGUCGCUCAGGCCAGCCCGAGCCCGACUACACCUGAGCAGCCUGAUGAGUGAAUCCUCCUGACUUUACUGCACAGUUACACGUCUGAGGUGCGUCUUUAUCUCACCUGAAAUAGCCUGCACACUUCACUUUCAGUUAGAUGGAGAGAAAAAGAAGUUGACUUUGAUGUGUUCAUUCUUUCUUUCUCUGUUGUUUACAGGCUU